GAGAGCGUGACCUCACCGCUUUCUGCACAGCUGCUGGAGAGCGAGAGAGGGGAGGACAGAGACAGAGAGAGAGCGAGAAACACAAACACGUUGAGGGAGACAGAGAGAGGUACUGAACAGCGGAGAACACCGACAACACAGGGGCACACUGCUCAGCGCGCGGGGACUCUGGUGGGGCGUCCGUUGGCUGUUUCCCGCCGGUCUGCCUCCCAGAAUGUUCUGUGCCCCCGGUUCAUUUCUACGGUACACGAACCAGUCGCCGCGGCGUCCCCACGGACACUGAAGCCCAGAUGCUCACCCUCUCCGCCGACAUGGACGAGUCUUCGUCGCUUCUGGAUCUGCUGGAGUGCUCGGUGUGCCUGGAGCGCCUGGACACCACGGCCAAGGUGCUGCCGUGCCAGCACACCUUCUGCCGCCGCUGCCUGGAAAACAUUGUCAGCUCCCGGAACGAGCUGCGCUGUCCGGAGUGCCGCAUCCUUGUGGACUGCGGGGUGGACGACCUGCCGGCUAACAUCCUUCUGGUUCGCCUUCUGGACGGUAUCAAGCAGCGGCCCCAGCGAGGGAGCGGAGGAGGAGUAGGAGCAGGCGGGAGGCAGUCCCUGGCCGGGGGCUCGCUGCAGGGGUACGCAGCCGGGAUAUCCGCUUCUCCCCCAGGCAGUGCGAUCAGAGAGCUGCCCGUAGCCAUCAGGAGCUCCCCUGUUAAGAAUAUCCCAGCGUUGCCUUGCGGAAAAGCCCUCUACUCCUACGAAGGAAAAGAACCAGGCGAUCUCCAAUUUUCCAAGGGUGACAUCAUCAUCCUGCGACGCAAGGUGGAUGACAACUGGUACCACGGCGAGCUUAACGGUUGCCAUGGUUUUUUGCCCGCUAGUUACAUCCAGUUGCUGCGUCCCCUGAGCCAAACUCCACCCCAGGGCAAAGCACUGUACGACUUUGAGGUCAAAGAUAAAGACCAGGAUAAAGACUGUCUGGCCUUCAGCAAGGAUGAGGUACUGACAGUUAUCAGGCGAGUGGACGAUAACUGGGCAGAAGGCAUGCUGGGAGACAAGAUUGGCAUCUUUCCCAUUCUCUAUGUGGAGUUAAAUGAAACAGCCAAGCAGUUGAUGGAGAUCGACAAGCCCACCCCUACUAACGUUCCAGGUCCCAGCUCUGAGCCAGCCCCGUUGGGCCCCUGCACUCCUGGCCCCUCCCCCACCGCAUCCCCGUCCAAUGGAAAUGGCUCUGGCCAUCGGAGAGGCGAAGGGAAGAAAAACGCCAAGAAGAGGCAUUCGUUCUCAGCGCUGUCUGUCAGCCAGAGGGCAGCCCAGCUUAACAACAGACACAGUAUGGAGAUCUCCCACCCCGUCCUCAUCAGCUCCUCUGACCCCAGGGCCGCUGCACGCAUCCAGGAUGUAUCCCAGCCGGGUCCCUCUCCUUCCUCAGCGGGGGUGCUGGUGCCCCCCAAAGUGGCAUCCAUAACCUCUGAGCUGCUGGCCCAUGCCAAGGUGCAGCUGCCACUCAACAUAUAUCUGGCUCUAUACGCAUACAAGCCCCAGAAGGCUGAUGAGCUUGAACUUAGGAAAGGGGAGAUGUACCGGGUGACAGAGAAGUGUCAGGACGGAUGGUUCAAGGGCACCUCACUGAGAACCGCUGCCUCCGGUGUCUUCCCAGGAAACUAUGUCACCCCCGUGUCCAGGGCUCCAUUUGGAGUUGGUGCUUCUCGGGGCUCGUGUUUGUCCAGUCCAGUUGGUGGAGGAGGUGGAGGGGGGAGUAAAAUCUCCGACCCUUCGUCCCCGGGGUCCUCGGGACCCUCUUCAUCCCGUCCCUCCACCCCACUGGUAAACUCAGUCAACUCUGUUAACAGUGUCAGUCCCGCCUCCUCGCCGCAAACUGCUGCCGCCCAGCUGAAGAACUGCCUGCGCUCUAGUCAGCAUACGGUUAACCAGGCACGCACCUCAAUGCAGCUGGUCCACAGUCCUCCUGCUGGAAGCCCAGAGCGUCCCACAGUGGCCAUCUCCCCGCUGCGUCCUCAGAGUUCCUCCCCUUCACGCUGCCCCGGCCAAUCGGGUCGUCCUCUCUCCAUGGUGUCUCCAGGACCCAGCUUAGGACCCUCACCCCUCUCUUCCCCCGCCUCGCGGCCCCUCCUCCCCCUCUCCUCCCCUCUCUCCUGUCUCACGCCUCCUAACGUGUCAGCGGUGCUCCUCAACGGGGAGCCAGUCAGUCCCCUCCAGCCGCCAUUGCCGGGCCCCUCCCACACCCAGGGUGCCAUCACGCCCAAAGCAGAGAAGAAGGAGAGGAAAGCAGGAGGCUUAUUAAAGCUCUUGUCGGGGGCGGCAGCCAAGAAGAAACCUCGCUCACCUCCCUCCUCCCCGCCCACCCACGACCCCUCAUUGGCCGACCCUGCCCACCAUCCCCACCACCAUCACCACCACGCCCGCUCAGGUUCCUGUCCGAUGGCCUCACAGGGCCGAGCCGGCUCCUGUCCAAUCGAGAGUGAUAUGGCGGGGGCCAUGGGGAUGGAGCCUCUGCACAGGAAGUCUGGUUCGCUGGACACAAACUUCCCCAAGUCUCCCCCGGCACCACGUGCCGGCAACGCUUUGAUGGUCCUUCGGCCUGAACCCAAGCCCCUGUCCAGAGAGAGGUAUCGUGUGGUGGUGCCCUACCCGCCCCAGAGCGAGGCGGAGAUCGAGCUGCGGGAGGGGGACGUGGUGUUCGUCCAUAAGAAGAGGGAAGACGGCUGGUACAAAGGCACCCUGCAGAGGACGGGGCAGACAGGCCUGUUUCCCAGCAGCUUCGUCGAGAGCUUCUGAACUGCAAAAGUGGACAAGAGAACUCACACUGUUCCUGUUUCUGAGUCACCAAACACACACACACAAGCUUCACAACCACAAACAUACACAAAGGGUAGACCGACAUGGGUAUCACAGAAUUACACUUUUGGAUGAAGACAGACACCGACCUGCAAAAAUGUUGCUUUAAUAAGCUGCUUUCCCUAACAAGUAAUAUUUCAAUGGAGAUUUUUAGUUUCACAUGAUGAAAAAAUAAUUAAUUUUUCCCCAGAAAAAUCUGUCAACAAACACUGGAAUAUUAGGUAUGAAAACAUUUAAAUUAAAAUCUACUGAAACCCAUAUCGGUCCAACUAAUUCGCACACAUACGAACAGGAAAGCCAGCCCCGCCUUCGACCAGCCACACAGGAAGCAGGGCAGCUUUUCCCAUCCUUCGCCCGGGGACAGCGCUGGGCCAGAGGGGCUUCAUGAGACUCGUUGUCCGCGCACGUGAUGUUGACUACUGAAGGCACACAGACUCAAAGAGCACAGAAAGACAAACCCUGCCUCCCAGUUCUCCUCCUUCACAUCAUCCACCAGCAAACACUAGCACAAGAAGCAUUAGCUCUGCUUUCCACUGAGACCUCAGAACUUGAAUUCGGGUGCUUUCAUUGUUUGAAAAGUGAAGAUCUGUCGCCAGGCGAUGAGGGAAGUGUGUGAGCCGACACACAGGGAUCACUGUAAGCACAUCUCCGUGUCUAGUUUGUGACAACAAGCACAUGUGUUUUUUAUCGACCCAAUAUGUUAAUAACAAUGCAUGUAGCAUUAUUACGUUUUAUUUUUAAAAUAUGUUGAAAUAGAUGUUUGUGUUGUCCCAAACAAGUCAUGCUGUGAUGAUCUGUCACAGGAGUUUUUAUUUAAAAACAAAAGGUACAAAAAGCAAAAUUAAUUAGGCGAUUCAUUUUUCUAUUUAUAUAUCUUAAUAAAUUAAAAAAGACAUUUUUUAUUUAAACAAGUCCUUCAUAGACCCUCCACAGCCUGUCUGAUCUGAUUAAACCAGCUUGCUGAAUGUAGGAAAUAACUUAAAGUUACGUCGUUUUUUGAUCUUCUGUGUGGGAUUAUAGAGACAAAGAAUGCAGUUGGUAAUAUUUGAUACAACCUGCCACUAUAUCUACAUUUACAGUAUUUUACACUCCUUUAUUAUUUAUUUGACAAAAGGGAUUUCCCUUGCUGCUUGUCACAGCCUUCUGUUUUAAGAGCAAAUGUUUUUUCUUCUUUAAGAAGGCACAAACUUCUUUGGUAGACAAAAUAAUAACAACAUCUUAUUUUUCAUUCUGUCACAAAGAUUGCUAACAGUAAUUCCUCUUCCUCAGCCUUUUUUUGAGAUACUGUUGAGUUUUUUGUCUGACUGCAGCAAUAUCGUGAAACCAAAAGCGUGCAGAUCUGAUGCUCGGGGAAGAAUGUACAGCCGAGAAGGGGGGAAAGCACCUGAAGUCAGAAGGCAGGGACACAAGUUUUUCAUCACACAACUGCCAACCUUUGACAACCGCUUCUCCUCUGCUCUUUAACGAGUAUUUUUGUACGGCUUCAGUAAGUGCAAAGUCAGUCUGCUUCGUGAAUCUCUGCGUCCUGAGUGUGGAUCCAGGCUUGUGUAGUUUACAUCCAGCCACAACCAUCUACCUUUUUCCCCUUGUUUCUGGAGAAAGAAGCACAGCAAAACUCAGAGCUCGACUCGCUCACUGUGUCUGUGUGUGUGAGUGUGUAUCUGGGUCUGACUUAUGCUACCUCCGGGGACACAUUUCAGACUAAAGACCAGUUGAUAGGGGCAGCUUGUCCAAUUGGGAAAAGGCUGAUUUCCCGGCUAGUGGUCAAGGUUAGGGUUAGGCAAAUAGGGGUUAGGGUUAGUCUCCAGGAAAUGAAUGUAAGUCAAUAUAACGUGUGUGUCUGUGUGUGUGCGUGUGUCAGAGAGUGAGAGGUCAGCAGGAUUUUAAUAUGCCAUGCAUCACUGAAAGAACAAGUCAAAGGGCAUGAAUGGUCUUCCACACCUGCUGUUUUGGGCCAGAAUGAAGCACAAACAACUACUGUCCAUGUGCAACACAGGGGAGGCUCACUCAUUGGCUGGGCACACAAAUGUUUAAUUGGGUUGUCACCAGCUGAGAGUCACAGGUUAGCCACAGGCAAGCCUCCUUGGUGAACUGCAUUCAUGUCUUAUGGGAAAGUUAAUAAACACAAAACUCUAUAUAGAAAAUAUUUCUUCAGAAAAAAAUCUGCAGUAAAUCAAAAAAUUUCAAAAAACAUCUUGAGGUUUUUUGUUGUGGUUGUUGUUUUGCAUUGCAGUAGCUUCCCAGAGUCAACAAAACGCUGCAGCAUCAGUUUAAAAACGUUUGUCAUUUCUUAUUCCCAUGCAAUGUGACUGCAGAAUAAACAGCCAGAUGUGAGACUUUGCAACAAGCUCUCUACGGACAGAAAACAAGCACAAGACAGAUUUGUUACAAAGAAUCAGACUCUAAAUAGCUGUUUUCUCAAACUCCCCGCUUCACCCCAGAUUAAUACUAAAGUUGUUUUGUUUUAAAAACAUUUUUCACAUUCACCUUGACGUUGAAGUAGCGGUGACUUGUCAUUGAGCAGACCAAAGCACAAGCAAUUUAUAUUUGUGAAGUGCUUUCUUUUUCUCUCCCUCACCUUUAGAUUGUGGGGGAGAAGAACUCGACCCAAAUCCCUUAAACUGUGAAUAAAAGUGAACAUUAUUUCAGAGAUUCAGCAUGGUCUGCAAUCAUCCUCUGGCUGUUGGCAGUGCAGUAUGGGUAAUCCUGUGAAACCAAAAACGGUCUGCAAUUUAGAUAAAGAUUUCCUUCUUUUUUUUUCCCCCAGCAUGUCACAGCUCAACUGGAGACUAUAAGUCACAUACUCACACACAUUAGACUAGACAUAUAUCACUUUUCAGUUGGAAUCAUGAAUCUGUUGGUGUGAUUCUUUACAUAUUUUGUGUUUAACUUUGUUAUUCAGUCCUAUUUAAAUUGUACUAGACCAUGAUAUUUGUGCAGCUUUUAAUUUAAUGUGUUUUAGUUUAGCCAAGUAAAACUGCCAGUUUAUUUUCCAUGAAAAGGCUGCGUCAUUAAUUUAGGCAGGUGAUAUUAGUUAUUGGAAGCUUCAAUCCAAAAAUAUCUGCACUGGCCUUCAAAUCCUGUCAGUCAAUCCCUGGUGCCUACAAAUGCCAUCACACACACACACACACACACACACCAAGUAUUUCCAUCAGGCAUAAAUCAGUCUUUGUCUCUUCCUUACCUUCUUAUUGGUACGAUGAGCCUGCUGUUUGUUUUUCUGUUCUGUUUGAUUCAGUUGACAAAAACCAGCAGAUCCCGAACAGCCCUGCACAAUCCCUUGAGCGACAACUCCCUUAUUGUGUUUAUUACGCCGCUGUACGGAGGACUCUACAAAAGCACAAGUCCUCAGUUGUGUCUGAAGAUCAACAGAUGCCAUUAUUUUUUCUUAUUAUUUCUCAUGAGCUUGAUGUUGUUAGGAGGAGAAGAGUUUACAACAGUCAAAGCGUCAGGAGUAAAAACCACUGCACAGUGGUCACUUUACAUAAAAUAUCUUGAAUAUCCUGGUUUCACAAACGCUUUUAAUGCCGCUUGGGUUUUUUUUUGUUUGUUUGUUUUUUACAACAGGCAGGCUUGUCUUUUUUCACCUCAGCUUACGGGUUAUAAAUUCCACCUGGGAACUUGAGGUGACAGCUUGGAAAAUGUGAACAAGUCAUCAGCAGCUGUGGUAAUUCCCAUUGGACAUGAACACAACAUAAAACGCACUAUCCAAUUUUUCAUUAAACUUGAAAUCAAAUCAUUGUCCACUCCCUUGUUUUGUUCUUCCAGGAAGCCUGAGCCCUCGCCCUGCCAUCUUGAAUUAGAUGUUGGCCAUAUUUGUUCCUAUGGAUACUUGUGUGUUUGAGUGUGUGUGUGUGUGUGUUGGGGGGGGGGGGCCUCUAUGUAGCUCUUUCCAUAAAAAAGGAACUUUUUGAAAAGGUUUGGUGCUGCGUGAACACUCAUGCCUCAUCAGGACUGAGUCGGGCUCAAUGCAGCGGUACAGCAAGGGGAACAGGAAGAAGAAAAAAAUAAAGUAUAUAUAUAAUUCUAUAUUGUGCAGAAUAUUUAUAGGCCCUUUGUGCCAUUGAAGUCAUGCUCUGCGCUGGCCAUGCCCAGCGCUCUCUACCAUGUGAUCAUUAUACAUCGUCUUGUACUGAUGACCCGUGGCUGAUUUGAUUGUUUUUUCAUGUCAAGUGCAUUUUUCGCAAUAAAUGCCUUUGUUUUAAAACGGA